AGCUCCACGUAUAUCAUUGGAGCUUCUUGUGUUACAGAUGACAUUCUUUGGGAACUUGCAGACUGGCUUGCAUGCGAGUCACGUAAAGAAAGCAGGAAUUCUCGUCACCCCACGACAGACCUUCUAAAUUCUUGAAACCUCAUUUUGUAAGAUACUGAGACGCUCGACAGCAAAUCGACCUCAAUAUGGAAGUUCAUGAUCCAGAGAAUAUUGAAAUCGAUCAGUAUGAUAUCAACGCAUCACUCAUUCCAGCAGAAGGCGCCGUCGUGCUGAACUCAUCUUGCUUGAACGUCGAAGUGGAAGAAAUACAAGGAGGAGAUGAGCCUGGAGAUGAAGCUUCGGGAAACCUAUUAAGCAGCACGGAACAGGAUUCUUCCCCAGACAAUCUCGAUGCUUCGGACCAGACAUCUGUGCAAGAGCCAACAGAUCUCGAGAGGAGGCUUUCUCUUUCUGCUCAAGUUGAUAUUGCUACAUCGCGGAUACAAGAGGCCAUGAACGGAGCCAUAGACGCAAUGAUCGAAAAGCUGAGAAGUAUUCGAACAGAUUCCUCAAAGGAUGACAUUGAAGCGGAAAGUAGUGCUUCGCUUUCCAUUCAUACGCUGCCAGGCGUGAGUGUUGAGCCCAUCAACUAUGACGUGCCACAAAUAUUCCUUACCUGGCCGCAAGACCUGCGAAACCCUGAAGUUAUCCAAGGGGAGGCGCGUCUCUGGCAAGAAGCGCUAGCAAAGGCCGACCUAGACCAGAUCCCAGAGAUGUGGACUUCAACUAUUUGGAAACCUGAGACUAAGAAAUCUCUCAUCGCACAGAUGGCUCUUGCUCUGAAACCAACAAUUUCCCAAAAUGAAGAUUCAGAUGCAUUAUUUGACGCAAAUUCUGCAAUCAUCGUCCCAUGCAUUGGACAAAUGAUACAGUCCGACAUCGACGAAUUGCGUGAGCGGAGCAUGUAUCGUGAUUAUGCCAAGUUUGAUCAAUACCCUGAAAUUCUGGCGAAGAUAUCUAUCGAAGCUUUGAAGCUUAUCCGGCCAACAAUGACUCUCGGGACUCUUCUGCAAAGAUGCGAAGAGAAGAAGGAGGAUUUCAAGCCCGUAUUAUUUUCCACUCCCUUACUUAAUCAUACUGACCUCUUGGCUCUGUUGAUAAGCAUUCAUGCGUUGAUGCUGGGACAUGGAGCCUUGAUUACUGGUUAUCUAUAUUUGAGCGCAUAAUCCAUAUCCCACAUUCUAGAGGUUUUGGCGACCACUUCCUCUUCUUAAGUGUCACAUUUGCCGAGAUUGAGAGGAUAUCCUUCGAGUGUCUUACACUCUGUGGCCAAUUUCGGCCAGAAACGGAGCUACCCGAGAGAAUGACAGUCUUCUCCACCCGCAACUUUGAUAUCCAUAGUCUUGUCACCGUUUCGGGACUAACUCCGGUAUGGACUUUACAUGUGAAUAACCACCUCCGAUUGGACUACAGUAACGUCGACGAAGUCAAGCUGAUGUUAUAUUGGUUUGAUCCUUUUCUACCUAUAUGUCCUUCAUGGUGAGCUUGACUGUUUAA